AUUUUGUCCCAGAAUUUCUCAGUUUGAUUGUCUCUAUCUAUUAGCCCUAGCCGCUUAUUUUGGGCGUUCUAGCUUUGGCGAUACUGAAAGAAUUUUGCUUUAGUUGAUUUGUUGGCGUUACGGGGAGCUUGGGUACAGAACUCACUGACGGGUUAUUUGUGUGUGAGAACAUGGGAUCAGAGGGUAAAAGUAGUGAACCGCAAAUGGUAGCACCUAAUAAUUCUGAUUCGGGAUCUGUGCUGAAACCUCAAGUAAUAUAUCGCUGUAAGAAAUGUCGAAGAAUUGUCGCUUCACAAGAGCUCAUAGUCCCUCAUGAGUGUGGUGCCGGUCAAAAAUGCUUUAAAUGGAGAAAGAGAAAAAAUAAUUCCUUGGAAACAGGGAAUGAGCCUCUCCAAUGCUCAUCCAUAUUUGUGGAGCCCAUGAAGUGGAUGGAUGUAGUUCAAGAAGGUUGUGUGGGAGACAAGCUGCAGUGCAUUGGCUGCAAAGCGCGCUUGGGCUCCUUCAACUGGGCGGGUAUGCAGUGCAACUGUGGAGCUUGGGUUAAUCCUGCAUUUCAACUUCACAAAAAUCGACUGGACGAGUGCCAUAUUUGAGUGCACCCAAUUUUUGUCUAACGAAACGGUUGCAAGAAGAUGUAGUAAUUAUGCGACAUCAGCUGUAAAGUUUCGCCUUCUCUUAUUUCUAAGUAGCAUAACUUGGAUGAAUGAUUAAACUCCUGUCAAAAUGCAGUAGUUUUGGGAAUUAUGUUUGUGCUGGUGGCAGUGGAUUUAUCAUGUACAAGUUGAAUCCACAAUGCUCUGGUUCAAAGUUGUUUUUAACCUUGUAGCAACCAUGUUCUAAGCAUGAGAAACAUUCAUUUAUACUGAAGAUGCUGCAUGUUUGCAGA